CCCAACAAACAGGGCAACCCGUCGAUCUACCCGUUUUUUCUCUCUCUUUUUAUUUAUAAGCCCACUUUAUUUCUUCUUGUCCCCCGACUUAGGGUUUUUCGAUUUUCGGAGCUCAGAAUUUCUUCAAGUUACGCCGCCAUGGGAAGAAGACCGGCAAGAUGUUACCGUCAGAUUAAGAACAAGCCAUACCCUAAAUCUCGGUUUUGCCGUGGUGUCCCUGAUCCUAAAAUCAGGAUUUAUGACGUCGGUAUGAAGAAGAAAGGUGUCGAUGAAUUCCCCUUCUGUGUGCACCUUGUCAGUUGGGAGAAGGAAAAUGUGUCAAGUGAGGCUUUGGAAGCUGCCCGUAUUGCUUGCAACAAGUACAUGACUAAGUUUGCUGGAAAGGAUGCUUUCCAUCUAAGGGUUAGGGUUCACCCGUUCCAUGUGCUUCGUAUCAACAAGAUGCUUUCGUGUGCUGGGGCUGAUAGGCUCCAAACAGGUAUGAGGGGUGCUUUUGGCAAGCCUCAGGGUGUUUGUGCUCGUGUUGCAAUUGGUCAGGUUCUCCUUUCCGUUCGUUGCAAGGACAGUAACAGCCACCAUGCUCAGGAGGCUCUUCGUCGUGCUAAGUUCAAGUUUCCUGGUCGUCAAAAGAUCAUUAUCAGCAGGAAGUGGGGCUUUACCAAGUACAACCGUGCUGAUUAUUUGAAGUACAAAUCUGAGAACAGGAUUGUGCCAGAUGGUGUCAAUGCCAAGCUUCUUGGUUGCCAUGGACCUCUAUCAAACCGCCAUGCUGGACAGGCUUUUCUAACAAGUGCUACUGCUAUUGCACAAGAGAAACUUCAAGCUUAGAUAUUUGCCUUCCUAUAUGAUUGAUCUAUACCAGACUUUUUGGUUGUAGCUUAAUGUUCAUUUUAUUAUAUGUUACUAUUGUCAUACAUCUAGUAUUUAAAACUAGGGGUUCAGUCUGGUCCUUUUUAAGAUGGUGUUGUGCAUCAAUGAAUCUAUUUGAUAUAGAAUCACGCUCUGCUCUCCUAGUACCUUCUUUAAGGAUUGUGUUUUUAUUUUUAGACCAAAGUUUUUGAAAAUAUUGGGUAAAUUGCUUCUGUUCGUUGAUUUUUGUUCA